AUGGGGAUGAGAGAGGAGAUGGAGCAGAAGGAAGAGGGAGUCAUGGCAACUGACUUCUUUUGGUCUUAUACGGAUGAACCUCAUGCUUCUAGGAGAAGAAAGAUCCUCUCUCAAUACCCUCAAAUUAAAGAGCUUUUUGGACCUGAUCCCUGGGCUUUUUUUAAGAUUACUGUGGUUGUUUCACUUCAGCUUUGGACUGCUACAUUACUUCAUGAUGCUGGGUGGCUGAAGAUUCUGGCAAUAGCCUACUUCUUUGGCUCUUUCCUCAACCACAAUCUUUUCUUAGCCAUCCAUGAGCUCUCCCACAAUCUCGCCUUCUCGACUCCAGUCUACAACAGGUGGCUUGGUAUUUUUGCUAAUCUCCCUAUUGGUGUACCCAUGUCUGUAACUUUCCAAAAGUAUCACCUUGAGCAUCACCGCUUCCAAGGAGUAGAUGGCAUUGAUAUGGACAUCCCAAGCCAUACUGAAGCCUAUCUUGUGACUAAUGCUGUCACAAAAUCCAUUUGGGUUAUGUUGCAACUCUUCUUCUAUGCUUUGCGGCCUCUGUUUCUCAAACCAAAGCCCCCUGGCUAUUGGGAGUUCACUAAUUUUUCCAUUCAGAUAGCCCUAGAUGCUGCCAUGAUUUAUUUUUGGGGCUGGAGAUCUUUUGCUUAUUUGAUCCUUUCCACAUUCGUCGGUGGAGGUAUGCAUCCAAUGGCUGGUCAUUUCAUCUCAGAACAUUAUGUCUUCAAUCCAGACCAAGAGACAUAUUCGUACUAUGGCCCCCUUAAUUUUCUAACUUGGCAUGUGGGGUACCAUAAUGAACAUCAUGAUUUCCCGAGGAUUCCUGGGAACAAGCUUCACAAGGUGAAGGAGAUUGCACCAGAGUAUUAUGAGGGCUUAGAGUCACAUAAAUCUUGGAGCCAGGUCAUAUACAUGUAUAUUAUGGACAGGAAAGUCGGACCCUUUAGCCGGAUGAAGAGAAAGGUUCCAAGUGCUACUAAGAAAUCUGAAUAG